AUGGCUGAUCAAGAGGCUUUGUCACAUUCCAGCACAUCGCCAUCUUCCGCCGCGUCCUCUACUGACCUAGAAAACAUCCAAGGCCCGCUAACCGUAGCUGAGUUUAUCCAGGAAAUUGAAGCUGUAACCGGGUCCAUUGUCGUAACUUUAUCAACUGGUCGCAAGAAUUUGUAUGUUUAUUCUCGUCAUGCGCAACGACCUUUGGUGAAUGUCGAUCAGCUUUUAAGUGCUGGCGUUGCUCAGCGUGAGGCCAACUCCUUAGAAGAAGCUCAGGCGAGGACAGCCGCGAAUGCCGCGGUUGGACGCCGUCGAAUUAGUCCAAAAAAGGCAGAGCGCCACAAUUCCACGAUUUAUUUCACCGCCUUAUGUGAGGACAAUCAGGAGUAUACAAUAUCCGUAAGUUUUCGAAUCUCUUAA